AUGUCUGAUGCUGAGGAUCAGCAAAAUUUCGUUGCACACAGUGGAGACGAGGUUCCAGAUCAUGGGCUAGAUGAGUUUCAUAAUGGGUUGGAGUACCAGGUCCAUGAUGAAACCCUUGGUCAUCACCAACCAUACGAGGUUCAAGACCCGAUUCUUGAACCUCACCAGUAUCAACCACGGGAUCAGGAGCAGUAUCAGUUGCAACACCAGGCUCAUGGUGAGGCACAAGAUCACGAUGGAAAUGAUGGGGGAGAUCAAGUUGAUGAAGGUGAGGAAGGAGUACCUGAGCAUGUUGAGUCUCUGCAGAAAGCGGAACCUGAAGGGGAUUCAACAGUUGGAGGUGAGGAGAAGAGGUGGCCGGGAUGGCCAGGAGAGACUGUGUUCCGCAUGUUGGUUCCUCCACAGAAGGUGGGUAGCAUCAUUGGUCGUAAAGGUGAUGUUAUUAAGAAAAUAGUUGAGGAGACAAGGGCUCGUAUCAAGAUUCUUGAUGGUCCUCCAGGCACAACCGAAAGAGCUGUUAUGGUUUCUGGAAAAGAAGAGCCAGAAUCAUCUCUGCCUCCUUCUAUGGAUGGCCUUCUGCGAGUCCACAUGCGGAUAGUUGAUGGUCUGGAUGGUGAAGCUUCUCAGGCCCCUCCGCCUACAAAGGUUUCAACAAGACUACUAGUUCCAGCAUCUCAGGCUGGAAGUCUGAUUGGAAAACAGGGAGCAACGGUUAAAGCCAUUCAGGAAGCAGCUGGUUGUGUAGUUAUAGUCGGAUCAGAGGAUUUGCCUGUUUUUGCUCUUCAAGACGAUAGGGCUGUUGAAGUUGUGGGGGAACCAACAAGUGUUCAUAAAUCCUUGGAGCUGAUUGCAUCACACCUCAGAAAGUUUUUGGUUGAUCGUAGCAUCAUCCCAUACUUCGAAAGCCAGAUGCAAAAGCCAACUCGCCAGAUGGAUCAUAUGUCGCCUCCGCCAUCACACCAGUACUGGGGUCCACCUCAAGGCCAUGCUCCAAGUGGUGGAGGAGGAGGUCCUGGCUAUGGUCACAACCCAGCUCCAUAUAUGCAACAACCUCCAAGACAUGAUAGUUACUAUCCUCCUCCAAUGGAGAAGCAACCUCAUCAAGGUAUAUCUGCAUAUGGAAGGGAGACUCCUAUGAAUGUGCAUGUCUCACCGGCCCCACCUAUGGCCUCUCAGCAAGUGACGCAGAAAAUACAGAUUCCACUGUCUUACGCAGAUGCCGUGAUUGGGACAUCAGGUUCAAACAUAAGCUACACUCGUCGUCUUAGCGGAGCAACAGUAACCAUUCAAGAAACAAGAGGAGUACCUGGUGAAAUGACUGUUGAGGUUAGCGGAACUAGUUCACAAGUCUUGGCCGCUAUGCAGCUUAUCCAGAACUUCAUGGCUGAAGCUGGAGCACCGGCACCAGCACAGCCGCAAGCUGUAGUAGCACCAGAGCAGCAAGGCUAUAACCCCUACGCAACACAUGGCUCAGUCUAUGCAGCGGCGGCUCCGACGAACCCGCCUGGAGGAUACGCUACGGAUACAGUUUAG